AUGCAUCAACGACAAGUAAAAGCCGAUGUUCUUCACGAACAACAGCAACAACAAUUAUCAAAAGAACAAGAAAAAACUGAAGUGAAUGAACGAGAUUUACUUAUUCAUAACUUAAAUAAUUUAAACAAUUCAGACUUAUAUGCAUUCGACCUUCAACUUACGUUGUUACGAACAGCAUUUGAAAGUUAUAAGCGUGAGACAGCGUUCAAACCUAUACCAAAUUUUUUAAACGGUUUCGACACAGAGAAAUUGUUAAAAACAUUUCGUCUUCCACCCGUGAUUACGUUCAGUAGUGUUAUUGAUCAAUUCGACGAUGUACAAGUUCAACUAUUCAAUUGGUUGCUGACAAGAGAAACAUUUAAACUCAAAACUGUGCCAGUUGAAGUGGCUUUAUCGCUUGUUAAACAUCAACUACAUAUCCAAUCACCUGAUUAUGCAUUUGAAGUUGUAUAUAAUAAAAAUCGUCAAGAACAUUUUGAAAAACUGACCAUGGAUAAUAAAUACAAAAUAACGUAUGCCUAUCAUGGCACACGUUUAGAUAAUUUACAUUCAAUUCUACAUACAGGUUUUCUCGGACAUUUAAAUAAGUUGUCAUUAUUUGGAUCUGGUACUUAUUUUUCUUUUGAGCCUUCCGUAUCCCUCCAUUAUAGUCCAUUUUCAUCGGUAUGGGCCAAUAGUCUAUUUGGAAAACGUCUUAGUUGUUUAUUACUAUGUGAAAUUAUUGAUGAUCCACAUUAUGUUAAAUGUGCCACGGAGGAUGGACCACCAUCACAACGACAAGCUGACGAUUCACAAGCUGGAGCUGUACCAGAGCAAUAUGUGGUUGUUAAAAAUAAUAAUUUGGCGCGAGUCAAAUAUAUUCUAGUAUAUUCUGAAGCAAACGAGCCAGGAAGAUCAAAUCAAACAUCAAAAAUUCGAUUAUUUUUGUCAAAUCAUCGGUUUUAUUUAUGUUUAUUUAUCUAUUUUCUUUUGUUAAUAUUUAUUGGUUUAUUUAAUUCAAAUAUGUUCAAUUUUUAUUGGCGUAUAUCGAGAAGAAAAUUAAAUAUUUUAUUUGGAUCUCAACAACAGCAUGUUGUUGAAUAA